AUGUCCUCUGAUAGCGAUACUUAUCUAGCAGGAAAACAAAGAAAAUCUUUCUGGAUACUGGUGGGCCGAUGGAGACGACACAGAUACGUCAAGGUUGUGAUUCCAUUGCUGUAUCUGAUUGCGUUCAUCAUGGUUCUGAACAAGUUCCAGUCUAAGGGGGACUACAGUGCACAUGAAAGCUCGCAAUCGUUUUCAUUACGUUCUCUUGGAGCAAUUUUCAGCAGGAAACAUACCAAGCCAGAUGCCAAGAACGAGCUGAUGGAGGAGAACAAGCAGUCUCAAAAUCGGCUUCUCGAGUUCCCCUACACCGCCGAUGUGACAGUGCUGCCCAACGCACCCUACAAACAUGCCCGAGAAACCUCGGAUCUGCGUGCGACACAUGCAGUUUAUUAUGAGGCGAUCAAGCGGCAUCUCGUCGAACUUCAGCAUAAUCCCAAGGCGCCGAUCCCAGAGUUCGAUUUCCAUUGGAAAGACUGGAUUGACAUGCACGAUCUUAUUCCUCUGCUGGAGCAGAAACCCAACUGCUUUGUUGCUGGAGUUUUAGGGUCCAACGUUAGAACUCCGUGGCCUGGCUGCAUAGAUGCGAAAAACAAGGACAGCAGCGAGCUGAACUUCUACUUCGACUCACCCGCAUCAGACUACGAGUCUGCGUACCGCCUCAGUUUAAGGGGCAAGACCUAUUUGGUUGAGGUGGCACCACUGCCGAGAAAACUGAUCUUCCUUGCAGGAGAUCUUGCAUUUGUAGUGAAAGUGGCUGAAAAAAAGGAUGUGGUGCGGUCUGGACUCCUGGAGAGCUACAUCAAGUCGCAGAUGGCGCGGUACAACUACACGUACCAGGAGGUGAUCAGCUCACCGAUUUCUGUUUUCGAUUCAUUAGGAGAAAUUAGCCAGAUUCUGGGCAGAGACUUUGUGGAUGCCACAGCGCAGGGAUCAAAUAAAACAGAGGUCUCGAUCAACGAGUUUGAAUUUCCUGCCAACAAGAAGAAAACCAAGCUUGCUGGAGCCGCAUUCCACCACCAAGAACUGCAUUAUCAUGAUAUUUUAUUGAGAAAAAAGGACGGAGCUGUGAGCAGAGAAAAAUACGAUUGGCGCUUUUUCAGCAACCUCAUCGUGGACGAGACCGAUAAACGCAGCACAUGGCACCAGCUUAUCCGCGGAUGGCUGCAUUUCUCGUCGAAUCUGGGCAUCACCACCUGGCUGUCGCAGGAAGCACUCCUAGGGUGGCAUAGAAACGGGCUGUUGAGUCCGUGGGAGGAGAGUGUCCAUUUCGAGGUUCCUGCCAAGGACAUGAUCAGGCUAGCCGAGUCCUUGAACGGGUCGCUGGUGAUUCAGGACCCAAAAGACGGCACAGGAGUAUUUUAUCUCGAUGUCAAUCCAUACUACAUGGAGCGCGCAAGAAAUAAUAACGGCAACGCGUCGCCCGAGUCGAUCGACCUCAAGUUCAUCGAUAUCCGCACCGGUCUGUAUCUGGAGGUUACCGGGCUGAUGAUCAGCAGCGACGGGCUGUCAAUCCCUGAGAAUGCAAUGGAGAUGUUCGUCAACGAGGGGGAUGUUCUCGAGGACCUCAAGGCCGACAGGACAGUGGACGGGUCAAAACGCAAAAUCAUUAAUAGUGGAACCGGCUUCUUCUAUCACAUUGACCAGAUAAAUCCGCUCCGACGCACGCUGUUCGAAGGAAGACUUGCAAACGUGCCCAACCGCUUCAUCUCAAUUCUGGACAUGCUGUACAAGGACAUUAUCAACACAAAAGAAUUCUAUGGCCACAAGUAUGUGGACCAUCUUCGACUGUGGGUCCACAGCGACCAGUGCAACUAUGUGCCGACCGAGGACAUAGAGCUGUUCAGAAAGGGUGGAAGUAAUUUCAUCGGAGCAUGCCACGAUAACAGGAUCUGGGGGGAGUAUAAUAGCACUAAGGCCGCAACGCUAUUCAAGCUCUUGGAGGCCGAAAACGACUAUAAUAUGGUCCUGAGCUCGAUCGACGAGCUGCCGUUGUUAUAUGACGACUAUUGGAUCAACAAGCGUGAGAAGAUCCUCAAUUUGGUGUACAACAUUCCGCUUCGAAAGUAA